AUGCCUUACUACGGAGUAGCUAAUGGGCGUGCUAAUGGAGUUUAUGAUAAUUGGCAAGACUGCAAAGAUCAAGUACACGGAUAUUCUUAUAAUAAAUAUAAGAAGUUUGACACACCGGAUCAAGCUUGGGACUUCGUUGAUCAACAUUCUUCUUCAGGCGGAGAUCAGUUUGUUCAACAAUCUUCUAGUAGAAAAGCCAUAACUAGUGGAAAUAAUCAACAACUAGCAUUAAAGUAUAAUUCUGGAUUAGAAUCAAGAUCAUUUCAACGUACUGAUUAUGUGGAAGGACAAAAUGGUGUAAUUAUGCGUGAACGUACUUUUACUAGUGGUCGAAGUGGCAAUGGCUAUUUUGUUGAGAAACGUAUUCGAACUUAUUGGGAAAACUAA